AUGUCGGCCACAACCACUGCCGCCGAGGCACCGCUGCGGCCGUCGAUGGUGGCCAGCGUCGCAUCCACAGCUGCGGCCGGCACUGCAGCCACAGCUGCUCUCCUGCUCGCACCCCUGGUGACCGAGCUCGACCGCAUGGCGCCCCGUGUGGACAUGCAUGGCUCGCAAGUCCGUGUCAUUGAGACGCCGGCCGAGUUUUACGAGACCCUCAAGGCCAUGAUUCUGGGUGCCAAGCGGCGCAUUUUUCUGUCUACGCUCUACAUUGGCACAUCGGAGCGCGACCUCGUGGCCACGCUGCAGAGGGCCCUGCGUGCCAACCCCGACCUGACGCUGCACAUCCUGACCGACGCAUUGCGCGGCACCCGUGAAAGCCCACGGCCGUCGUCGGCAUCGCUGCUGGCACCGCUCGUGGCCGAGUUUGGGCCCGAGCGCGUCGACAUUCGCAUGUACCACACGCCGAACCUCACGGGCUUGCGGAAAAAGUACAUUCCGCGUCGUAUCAACGAGGGCUGGGGCCUGCAGCACAUGAAAUUGUACGGCGUAGACGACAGCAUUCUGCUGUCGGGUGCGAACCUGUCCAAUGACUACUUUACGAACCGCCAGGACCGCUACCACGUGUUUUCGUCGGCCGAGCUGACGGAUGCGUACUGGCAACUUCAGCGGGGCUUGGCCUCUGUCAGUUUCCGGAUCGAGCCGACGCAGGCCAAGGAGGAGGGCUUCAACAUGGUCUGGCCGGCGAGCAACGCGGCACCGUCGCCGUUAGAGGCGCCCACGGCGUUUGUGACGCAAGCCACGCGUGUCCUGAAGAAGCUGUUGGAGCCGACCACAGAAAACGCGACGAGUCCGCUGCUCACAUACGGCGUUGAAGCGGGCGAAAAGGAGACGCGUGAAGCACCCGACACCUCCGUCUAUGUCCUAGCGCAGAUGACGCAGCUGCUCAAGCCCGACAGCUCGACCGAACAGCCUGCCUUGACGCACAUCCUGAAGACGCUUGCCGCUCCCCAGUAUGCCACGGCCUCCUCGUGGACGUUUACGGCGGGCUAUUUCAACCCGGCGCCGUCGCUUACGAAGCUCCUGCUUGCCAUGUCCGCCCAGGCCAACAACACUGUCAUCACGGCCGCACCACAGGCAAACGGCUUCUAUGGAUCAGCCGGUGUCUCGUCGCUGCUGCCAGACGCCUACACGUUCCUCGCCCACCGCUUUCUGCGCGCCGUCCAGGCACAGCACCACGGCGACGCCGUUACGCUCAAGGAAUGGCGGCGCGGCACUGUCGGCAUGCCGGGCGGCUGGACCUACCACGCCAAGGGGCUGUGGGUGACUCUCAAUCCUUCGCAGGCCGGCGGCAGGGGCCCCCUCGCCACUCUCUCUGUCAUUGGCAGCUCCAACUACACAAAACGCAGCUACAGCCUCGAUCUCGAGGCCAAUGCGCUCAUUGUCACGCGCAACGCUGCUCUGCAGCACCGUCUGGCCGACGAGCAGGCCUGGCUGCAGACGCACGCGUCUGCUGUGACGCGCGACGACUUUGCAAAGCCAGAACGGCGGGUCAGACUGCACGUGCGUCUAGCCAUGUGGAUUGUCCAGUUGGUGGGCGGCCAACUUUGA